CAAACACAAAAAGGGAAAAUGGAGAAGCAUGCUAAAUCCGUGCGCCAGCUGGAGCCAUGGGUAGAACUCGCCGGAAAAGUGGUGAUGGUUACCGGAGCUUCAUCGGGAAUCGGUCGAGAUUUCUGCUCCGAUUUAUCAAAAGCUGGUUGUAGAAUCAUCGCUGCCGCUCGUCGAAUCGAUCGAUUGCAAUCUCUAUGUGAUGAAAUCAACUCGAAUUCGAGUCAGGAUUUACGUGCCGUAGCGAUUGAGCUUGACGUUAGCGCUAAUGGUUCUGCCAUUGAAGCCGCCGUACAGAAAGCUUGGGAUGCAUUUGGACGUAUCGACGGUUUGGUUAAUAACGCCGGUAUUCGAGGCAGUUUGCAUUCUCCACUGGAUUUGUCGGAGGAGGAAUGGGAGAAGACCUACAAAACGAACUUAAGAGGGGCAUGGUUGGUGACCAAAUUUGUUUGUAAACAUAUGCGUGCUGCUAAUCAAGGAGGAUCUGUUAUCAAUAUCUCUUCUAUCGCUGGUCUUAAUCGUGGACAAUUACCAGGUGGUCUUGCUUAUACGUCUUCAAAGGAAGCUCUCAACAGCAUUACAAAGGUGUUGGCCCUCGAAUUGGGACCAUACAAGAUCAGAGUGAACUCAAUAUCACCAGGACUUUUCAAGUCUGAGAUAACAGAGGGUCUCAUACAAAAAGACUGGCUUCAAAACAUUGAACUGAGAACUAUUCCGUUGAGAACACAUGGAACAUCAAAUCCGGCUUUAACUUCAGUAGUACGUUAUCUGAUCCACGAUUCCUCGGAAUAUGUUUCAGGUAACAUGUUCAUAGUAGAUGCAGGAGCUACUUUACCCGGUGUCCCGAUUUUCUCAUCCCUCUAGUUAUAGAGGAAAACAAAAUAGGAAAAAAAGGAUGGAAAAUGGAAAUGUUAGGGAAAGAACAGAGGCUUGACUUUGGUUGCCUAAAGAAAUUUUAUGUUUUCGUUUGACAUAUUUAUGGUAAAGAAUGUUUUUUUUGUGUGCAUGGAAUUGUUUUUUAUUUGUAUAGCUCCAUCAUUGAUUGAAAUUAAUUAAACUCCUAUGAAGUAAAGUUUAUUGUUUUUAUAAGGAUUAUGUGUUACUGAGACUUAUUUCUUCUGCU